AUGUCAACUCGUACAACUGCUGGCGGUAUUGGCUUUGCUGUUAUGCAAAAGCAAGCAUCAAAAUUUAAUGCUGAAGAAGCAGAGGGCUUAUUGGAAUGGAUCAAGAAGAUAAGCGGCGAAAAUAUUUCUACUCAAGGAACACCUGAGAAUUUUGCUAAAUUAUUAAAAGAUGGAACACUUCUUUGCAAAUUAGCAAAUGGUAUUGAGCCUAAUGCUAUAAAAAAAAUUCAAAAACCAAUUUCAAAUUUUGCUUGCAUGGAAAAUAUUAAUGCAUUCGUUGCUUGGGCUAAAACGAUGGGUGUUCCAACUGAGGAAACUUUCCAAUCAGUUGACCUUUUCGAAGGUCGCGAUCUAUUUUCCGUUUGUGUCACAUUAUUGUCGCUUGGCCGAAAAUUGCAGCAAGCUGGCAAGUCGAAUCCAUUCUCCGGUUGA